GCGCAGCAAGGAUGCGAAAUGCAGUUCAAUGCAAUCACCUUCAGUCACUGCCUAUACAUACACGUAACUAUAGGGGAAUCCCGAUGUCUCGAAUCCUCGAUUUUUCAUACCUCCGUUAACUCCAACCAAAACUUGUUUCCCUCUCCUCAGUCGAACACUAAUUUUACCCCCGAUUUCUCGAACUACCCGAUUUUUCGAACCAAUUUUCGUUUCCCUCGGAGAUUCGCUCUAUUUUUUCAGCGUGUAACAUCAGAGAUUAAUGAAUACCCUGAAAAAGUUCUCUUUUCCUAAAACAGGGGAGCUUUUUCGCAUUUUGUUUGGAAUCGAGCCUUCAGGAGAAGAUUUGACCCGAGAUUACACGAGCACUCAUAAGGCACAAACUGCUGAGGUUGCUGCUCACAGACUCAAGAUGCCGCCAAUUACUGACCAGAUGCACGUGAUAUUGUGGGUUGUAAAUACUACUGAUACCAGGUUUCAAAUGGAACAGUACAGAGGAAAUAUCAAGUUUGUUCAAGACCAGCUAAAAAAAGCAAAAAUCAAAAUCAUCCCCGUCAUCACGUUUGAUGACGAAAUCCUGAAAAAGCCAAACGCCGAUGAAGAAAGAGAGAGGCUGAAGGAAGCAGUUAUUGAAAUGACUGGAAGCGACAAGAAAAACUUGUUCAUGAUCGCCAACUUAGUGUUUGGACUAGGUAAUCAUUUUGUUUACAACAUGAAACGUGUGCUGGAGAUGCUGGAACAAGCACUUAAGUGCGGUGAGCGGUCCAUAAGGAUGAGACAAACUUUAAGAAGAGGUAAUCCUUAUCAAGUGAUUUUAAGAUAUGGUUCCCAAUCGUCCCGCGGAUAAUAGCCUCUUCGAGGCGAUCAGUGAGUUGGCGCGCACUAAGCACCUCUCUCUCUUUUUUUUACUCGAUGCUAUUUCCCGCUGUGCCUCAACUAUAACUACACUCCUUGAAGAGGCUACUCGCGUUGCGUGUUUAAAGCCGUUUUGGCUUUCAACGUGAAUAAAAUUGGCCACCUAUAGACCCUUUUGGUGGUUUUAAAGAAAUAAGACGACUGUCAGUAAGGCCUAGCCUGCGUUGCAGACGGAAAUUUAAUCCUAAGAACUAUACCAUAGGUAAAGUUUGUCUGCAACGUAGCAGAAUGAACAACCAAAAUCAAAACCCCGCGCAGGGAGGGUUGCUAGAACUCCAUCUGGCGGUGCUGAGUCGCGUAAACCCAACUUGCUUUCGUCCUCAGGCGACAAGAAAACAAUGUUGAGCAACAUUUAUCAGUUUCAAUUAGGUGGUGACGAUAGGUAGAGUGGCCCAGUACAGAAUAUGUAAAUUCAUCGAAGCAAUGCAGUUCAUGUAGUGUCAAUAAAAAGACUUCCCUGAUUCUGUUCGUCAUGUAGUAUGCACGAAACUCAUUUGAGAUUGAGAUACAAAAGGAGUGAAAGUAAGGGACGAUUCACUUGGUUUUCCUCAUUGUUUUUUAGAAAAGACUGCUUUUGUAACAAGUGUAGCCAGAAGUCAAUAAAGAAACUCGUAUAACUAGAAUAACCCGUAAGCCACCCAUGUCCGCAAUGUAGACCUGUUUUUAAACUGCGUGAUGAGUUGGUGAAAUGGAUGGGGUUAAUGCUUCGUAACUCAUAGGUCGUGGAAUCCAUUCCCAGUAAGAUUGAGUGGAAUCCCUUUUCGUCUUUUCAUCGACUCAUUUGUUUAUAUUAUUCGCCAUGUCCGUGUUUAUUUAUAUUACAGUACCGUAAUUAUAAAGAUGUUCUUGAGAAAAUCCUCUCAUUUUCCGCGGUCAGUUAUUGAGUACUUGCCACAGAAAUGCAGAGAACAAAUGAGAAACACUACUAAAAAACGUCACUUGUCGAGGAAAUCGUUUCACCUGCUGCCUCUCGAAUAAAAAGGACUUUAAGAUAUGUUACAGCUAGGCUGUAGUACGGCGGCAGAUAGUGAAGAUUACUUCCGGUGACGUCAUGACGCGCCUACCAGUACUGCUUUCCCGCCGUAGCCUUGCUUUCUACUACGGGAAAGUGCUAGGUUUCACGUACUCUUCACUACGUGGGUAUAA